UUUUUUAUUAAGUCAAGAAUAGAUUACUUUCAUACGAUUAGACAUUCAAACGUUUCAUUAAAAAAAGGCUUAUUUUACAUUUAAUGAAAAUUUUCAUUUUUCGAGUAGUUUGGGUGUGGUGAGUAGUUGAUGGUGGAAGCAAACUCGCCUCUUACGUCAUCUGUGUUCGUCCUAGAAAAGUUGAAUUGUUUAUGACUCACUAUUGUCGUUGUCCCCUUUGAUAUAAGUUAUUAACAUUUUUUCAAGCACAAUGUCGUCGAGAAAAACAGCUGGCCGUCGGGGCACCACAAAAAAGCGUGCUCAACGAGCAACUUCAAAUGUGUUCGCUAUGUUUGAUCAAGCACAAAUUCAAGAAUUUAAAGAGGCUUUCAACAUGAUCGAUCAGAACCGUGACGGAUUCGUGGAUAAAGAAGAUCUGCACGACAUGCUUGCAUCCCUGGGGAAAAAUCCAACUGAUGAAUACUUAGAGGGAAUGAUGAACGAAGCCCCAGGUCCCAUUAAUUUUACAAUGUUCUUAACAUUGUUUGGUGAACGGCUUCAAGGUACCGACCCAGAAGAUGUCAUUAAGAAUGCUUUUGGAUGUUUCGAUGAGGACAACAAUGGUUAUAUCAAUGAAGAAAGGUUGAGAGAACUAUUGACUUCAAUGGGCGAUCGAUUUACAGAUGAAGACGUUGAUGAAAUGUACAGAGAAGCCCCGAUUAAAAAUGGUAUGUUCGAUUAUAUAGAAUUCACAAGGAUUUUAAAGCACGGUGCCAAGGAUAAGGAUGAGCAAUAACCCACACACCAUCAUCCUUCUUGAACAACCUAAAUAGGUUACAUGAAUUAUUUUAUAUUAUUAUUGUUAUUAGCACUCUAAGAGCAAUAUACAAAUUAAUUAAAA